AUGAAAGAAGGUCCCCAUCACUCUGGGAUCGUGAGGGCCUCUGUCAUGGAGCCAAUUAUAAGGCUGUCACCUCCGCCUUCCUCGACUAUCAGGUGUUACCUCCGAGAAUUGCUGUCUCCUGUUGAUGGUGUUUCUUCUAUCACAGAGAGCAGGAGAUCAGUCUUUUUUGUUUUACGCAAUGUAAGUUGGGAUAGCGUGUCUGGGAUGAUGUGGGAUAGGCAGAGAUGCGUGGCAGGAGGUGGCGGCGGCACCCUUGAUCGCCGAGCCUCGUGGCAGCCUGCGGGGAGCACCAGCGGCGCAGAAGCCUCCCAGGACUCCUCCUCUGGCGAGGCCACUGUCACCGAAGCUAGCAGGGGCGCCUCUCCUUCCUCCUUCAGUUCCUCGUCGCGGGGCGCAUCUUCCGAGUCCACCACCCUCACCAGGUCCUCGGCGGGCCGGGCCUCCUCCAGACGGUCUCCGCUGCCGCGAUACCCGUCGGCAGAGAGCCUCACCUCCUUCGCUGAGUCGCUAGUCAAUCCAGGUGGUGCCACUUCGUCCUCGUCCUCUCUGGUGCCAGCCAAGAGCACGCCCUCGCUGCACCAGAAUGCCGCCCACGCUCACGCCUUCGCUAGCAGGAACUCAAGCGUGAACGCUGCACUGCACGCCUCCAGGUCAACGCCUAACCUUGACGAUGCCGAGGAUGGCAGCAGUAUGGUGACCAAGAAGUCCUCCAUGUACUCGUACCUUCACGGCACAUCCUCAUCCUCCAGUAAGGGCGGCAUGGGCGGCUCUGGAGUCGUGGGCGGCCGAUAUUGGGACGUAACAAUGGGCGCCGAUGACACUCCAGACCGUGAAGACUACGCUCACCACCUCCGGUCUUCCUCGUACCAGCUCCUGCACUCCCGCCAGCUGUCCGCCCUCAGUUCGGGCUCGGCGGGCUCCUACCACAGUCGACAGCACUCCAACACAUCCAACUACAGCGAGUCCGAUGACCUGAGUCCUCGUGCUGACCUGGGACCCGGGCACACCCACCAUGCCCACCACCAUGGCAUGGAUCGGGCCAGGUUCUUCUCCUACGACAACCUGGGCCCGGAGUCCGCGUCCCACAAGUACCAUGGGUCAUGGAACAUGUCAGAGCCCGAUCUGACCCUCGCCCCGCCUCCUUACUCCCCGCCCGGGCCGGGCUUUCAGCACUCGUCACCCAUUUCACCCAUUCCGCCCACAUCCGCGCCGCCGCCGCCACAGACGUCGGUGCGGCAUUCCCCCACAUCAAACGCCCCUUUGUCCACAGGGCGGCACCCCUCGUCACCUCCGCCGCCUCCGGUGCGCGACGCCUCUAGUCUCAAGUACAUCAAGUACGGCCCCGGCCACGAGAAGUACCCGUCCUGGCCCGUGCCCGCCGCCGCUGCCAACCAAGUCAUGCCGCCGGGGCCCCCCGCCCAUGACGCCAACGUGUCUGGCCUGCCCGAGUCGUCCCUCUCUCCGGCGCCGCAGGGCUCCCAUCGCUCCAAGUCAUGGACGGAGCAGUCGGAAUACCCGAAGGAGAAGUCAGGGGGCUACGCCCGCCCGUAUAACAAGAAGCCUUUCAAUCCGUCCUUCCAGAGGCAGCUCAAGACUGUGAUGGAACGAACGGAGAAGCUUCCCAAGGAGGCGCUGCAUAACAACCUCCGGGAAGACAUGUUUUCCAGCUCAAAUUAUUCCUUCAUGGAUUCCUACUAUAAGCCUUCCAGUGCCUACUACCCACUGUACGACCGUGACGGUCGGCCCUUAGAUGACAAGGAUUACAGCAUCCCGUCGCCCCCGGAGCGAGAUCUCGGUCCCAUGGGCGAGGCCACACUGGGCCAAGUCACAGCAGCGCAGUUCGAAGAGUACGCUCGCCGUUACGAAGAGUUCGGCUACACCGACUUGAUGGGUACGACGCCGCUGCUAGACCAACUCCGCCGGGAGUCGGUGACAUGGGACGGCAGCUCUGAGCGGGACUCCGGCCGCGGAGAGAGUGAGAGUGUGGCAGACAGUGCCCGUUAUAGUAAUGGCCGAGAAAGUGUCACUACAGUUGUCACGAACUCUUCGUCUGCGUCAUCGUCAGAAACACUAAAAUGGCAUGGCUCCCUCUCUGAUAUUUCCAUCAUGUCGGGUCACUCCCGAGACCCUCGCGGCGACCACAACAUCGUUCACAGCUCGCGAGUCCAAGCCCCACAACGGCAUAACAGCGAGUCGGUCCUGUACUACGGCGUCGACGGGAGGGGAAAGCCGCCUCACGGGAGACUCGGCCAUGAGUCCCGAGACCAUCGCGAUCUCCGAAGAUCCAUCAGAGACACAGAAUCCGGCUACCCUCGGCCCUCGCGCGAAGGGAAGUGGAGUCGAGAAGUAGAGAGAAACAAUGAGAUGAACAACCUGAAGAAAUUCCCAUCCUACUCGUACACGCAGCCAUUGUCGCAGAUUACAGAGGCCCCCACGGCAGAGAUGCGGGAAACGCCUCGCUCGCCCACUCGCUCGCCUCAGAGUCCCACCAUAGACAUUAGUAAACCGCCGUCCGUGGCUGAGCGCAUUCACGAGUUGGAGCGCCAGUCAAGAAGUACCGCCCCGGAGGGGACGUCGUCACGCUGGCCCCGGGACCAGAGUGGCUCCAGGGAGAGAGGGGAUUCCAGAGAUCUCCGCGAGACCAAGAGGCCACGCGAAGAUUCCACAUCACAGGACACACGGGAGACUUGUGAUACGGUGGAAUCUCGACCUUCGAAAGAGCCGCGAGAUCCCAGGGAACAUCGCGAUAACAGGGACCUUAGUAGAGAACACAGGGAGCCUAGCGAGACGAGGGGCCAUCAGCGACGUGGCUCUCGGGACUCGCAGCGAGGAGACAUGCGGCUUGAAUUCUCACGAACAGAACAAAAAUGUGAAAAUGGUGACACCCUUCGUUCUCCCUCCACCUUGGGGCCCUCGGCUUCACGGUCACCUACACAGAAGGACGCAGACGGAAGACCUUUUGGCCAUGAAAACUUCCAGAAUCUCCUCAAUACCUUCACAGAAGUUGACCGUAGUGACCGAGGAGAUCGCGUAUUGGAACGGCCUGAGAGAACGAGCAGCAACGUUUCGUACUCGUAUCUGGACCCGGAGAAGAAACUCAAGGUAUCGGACGCCACCCUCAAGAGCAUACAGAAACAGGCGGUCAUGUCGUUCUACGAGAGACACGCCGGGAAAAGCUCAGGCGGUGCGUCUCUCAGUGAUCUCAGUUCUGCGAGCAGCCAGUCAAGCCUGGUGUCCUCUCCGACGGCGUCCGAGGGAUCCCAGGGCAAGUGGAGUGGGCCCUCACACGCUUCAAUGAUACAGACCGUGAGGACAGACCGGUCUGGGCGCGCUGGCAAGGGACUGGCUCGCUUGGGUCGGGUCCCGGAGGGCGAGAGUGAUGAGCAUUCGCUAAAACCACCUCGGCGGCGGUCCAUGAGUGGCCGUGACUCCGGGAGCGAAGGUGGUGCUGACGACCUCUCCAAGGCUGGCUCCUCUCAGAGGUCAUCUUUGGCGUCAGAAACUGCUUCAUCCUCUCGGAGCGAGCAACCUCCAGCACUCCCACAGAAGCAGUCCCAACAAGUUCAUCAGGAGGUGAGUGUUCUGAUUAAUCACACGUUUUUUUUCACCCAAUCUAGUAAUAAGAAAUCGAACUUCUCAGUAGUUUAUGUUAGACAUGGAUUGAAAUGUCAAAUUUAUCAUCCGGCGGUCCGUUAAGGAGAAAAUAGCAUGACA